UUAUUGAACUUACAGGGAACGCCUGCGGUAGGGGUUCCUCAUAAUUAUUGUAAACUUACAGGAACCCCUUUGAGCAGGUCCCCUUGUCAAAUGACCCAAGAACCCUAAUCCUCCAUCAUUGCACCCACCCUUUAAGAACCAGCCCUUCUCUUUCUAAAAGUCACAUUCUCUCCCGCAAACCCUCCCCCUUUCUCUCUCUCUACAAAAUGCAAAUGCAUUGUCCUACAAUCCCUGGAGCCCACAACUGGCUCGACAAGCUCCGCUCCUCAAAGGGCUUCCCCCUCGACAAUGGCCUCAACCUGGAAAACUUCCUCAAAAGCUCUAGCCCUAGCCCUAACCCUAACUUUUCGGGCGAUGUUUCCCCUCCGCUCUUAUGUCACUCGCCGGAAAACAGCCUUAACCUGAUCAACGCUAGCGGUUUUUCGGCCACCAAGCGAGAUCCAGGGGCAUGGUUCGAUAUUAUGACGGAUGUUUUGUCCGAUCUCUUCAACAUGGAGGGUUCGUACGAUUUCCGUCGGCUUAGGGAUUCGAGGGACCGAAAAAACGGGAGGAAGCAAUCGAGGCCGAGGAUUUGCGCCCUAUCCGCCGAGGAAUUACCGAACUUCUCAGCGAGGAAUAAUGCCGAUAAUAAUAGCGGGGUGGGCGGUGGGUCCCGCGACGAUGCUGACGUGGACAUAUCCUCCUGUUCAAGGACGGAGGUGACGGUGAUCGACACGAGCAUUGCCACGUGGAAGAGCGAGAAAGUGAUAUAUAGGAAGGCGCACGUGUGGAAGGUUAGAGAGAGAAAAGGUAACUCGUGUGGAAAGGGAAGGGGAGGAGAGAGCUUGGUCUUGAAGAAGAGGAGGUUAGGGCAAAACAAGAAGGGACAAGAUGGUGUGGGCAUCAGUGCUUCGACAGAGUGCCUAGAUGAUCAAGACCGACGAUUUCAGAGGAGGCAAAUUUGCUUGGCAUCUCCUGGACGUAAAGGUCGAGCUACUGGUUUGAGAGGCCGUCAAAAAGAUUCUUGAUGGGGACCCUGCCUGGUCAUUGUGAAAGGGGUGGCUCCAAGAGGUCGAGGGGAUAAAAUUUUGCCAAUUUUUUUUCAGCUUGAAGUGUAGAAACUUGCUCUGUGGGGCGGUGCCAUAAAUUGUAAUGAGGGACUUUCUCUCUCGUGCUCUGUCUAAUCUUACUGGUAUUGCAUUGAAGAGGCUGAGAAGAAGCAGGCAUUCUCUUCUAUAAGCAAUGCCGGAAAUCUUGUUUACUUGAACAAAGGUUGUCUUUCAGGAUCCAAUUAAAUGCUUCAAGGGGGCAUGAAUAUUAGAAAAUUAUUGGCAAGGAGCAGGAGGCGAGUCCUUUUUUGGAAUUUGAAAUGAUUUUUUGCAGAUUGGUGUGAAGAUGGGUCGGUUGAUGUAUUGGUGGUCAUAUGGUGGGCAAUAGGGAAGCGGGAGAACAAUGGUGAGGCCCUUGCGACAUACUACAAAGGUCUAGUUUCCCUGCCAAUUUAUUUGGUGUCGAUGCUUCUGGUAGGUUGGUUCUAAAGGUUACUAUUGCAUCCUAUGACAGAAUUAUGGUGGGUGUGUUGUCUGCUA